CUGCAUCAGACCAUGGAAAAUAUCAAUAAUGUCACAGAAUUUAUUCUUUUGGGACUUUCCCAGAACAAGACAAUUAAAACUUUCUGCUUUCUAUUAUUCUUACUUUGUUGCAUAGCUAUUUGGACGGGAAACUUGCUCAUAAUCAUUUUCAUUACAUACAGUCAGCUAAUAGACCAACCCAUGUAUUUCUUUCUUAAAUACCUUGCUUUCUCAGACCUGUGUUAUACCUCAACAGUGACACCCAAGCUUCUCACUGAUUUACUGGAAGAAACAAACACGAUUUCUUACGCUAGCUGCAUGGCACAGCUUUUUGCUAUGCACUUCUGUUCGGGGAUAGGAAUUUUCAUCCUCACAGUGAUGGCCUAUGACCGCUACUUGGCUAUCUGCAAGCCCUUGCACUACACUGUCAUCAUGAGCAGAAGGAAGUGUUAUGUAUUGGUCUUUGCUUGCUGUACUGGGGCAUUUCUGCAUGCCUUUGUGCAGUGUCUCCUCACUAUCAACUUACCUUUCUGUGGCCCCAAUGAGAUAGAUCACUACUUCUGCGAUGUCUAUCCUUUGAUAAAACUGGCCUGCACAGACACGUACAUCUUCGGGAUCCUGGUUGUUGCCAAUUCAGGCAUAAUUAGUUUGGUGAAUUUUGUUGUCUUGAUGCUGUCUUACUUCUUGAUAUUACACACCGUCAGGGUUUACCCUGCCAAAAGCCGCAACAAAGCUCUUUCUACUUGCAGUUCCCACAUAACAGUUGUGGUUCUUUUCUUUGUGCCUAUCCUAUACAUUUACAUUAGACCAGCUAUAACUUUUCCAGAAGAUAAAGUGUUUGCUCUUUUCUACACCAUCAUUGCCCCCAUGUUCAACCCUCUGAUCUACACUUUGAGAAACAUGGAGAUGAAGACUGCGAUGAGGAAAGUUGGUGCCAGAAUCCAUUUUUGGUUGGAAGGCAAAUGAUCUGGAAGGCACAUCUACUCCUCAUUCCACACCCUAUCCAAGUGAGUUUGCUCCAUCUUAAGUUUGUUAAAGCAAGAAAUGACGGUAAGAAACAUAAGCAUAGGCACUGAUAUCAGUUCAUUAAUAUUAUAAUUUACUUUAAAAGACCUUGGUCUUUCUUUAUUGAUCUGUAUUUCUUAUUUACAUUAUUCCCUGCUACUUUGAGUUAUUAU